AUGAUUAUGCUCAAGGAAACUCUGACUACCAAAGAGAGAGAAGAAGCCUUUGAGCUGACACAGAAUAACCCGGACUUGCUAUUCAUUCAUGCUGCUCUCUGCUCAGCUGCUUGCGGAUUACAAUCACAGCUCUUUGCUUAUCCAUUCAACUUGCCAAAGUACUGGUUCCUACUUCACACUGAGAGGAGCGCGCCUCCUCUCGUUACGGUCGCUCAAGACGGUGAUUCCUUUGAUAAGAACACAUUUCUAACUGCUUUGAGGCUAUUCUUCGAGAAAACCAACAUCUUGAGAAUAGAGCACAAGCUGGAGUUUCUUGCCGAGGCCCAUCUCAUGCAUGAGAUUGCCAAAUACAUGAUGCAUGCGGAAUGCCACCGACCAAGCACACGUUGCGAACACCAUGUAUUCUUCAUGACCGCUGAUCAAAUCGACAGAGUUCAAAAGGUCUGUUAGCA